AUGGUGUGGUCAGUGAACGUCUGCUGUCCCUACCAGGGUGAGCUGCUCCCCAGAGUGCUGCCUCCCCUGAUCAUCACUGAGUUCCUACUGGGCAUCCUGGGCAACGGCCUGGCCCUCUGGGUCUUCUGCUGGCACAUGAGGCCCUGGAAGAGCAGCACCGUCCUCCUCUUCAACCUGGCCCUGGCCGACUUCCUCCUCAUCGCCGUGCUGCCGUUUCGUGCCAGCUACUACCUCUACGGACUGGACUGGAGGUUCAGUGAUGCCUUCUGUCGCGUCUUCCUCUUCCUGGUGUCCCUGAACCGUAACGGGAGCAUCGCCUUCCUGACGCUCAUUGCCCUGGACAGGUAUAUGCGCGUGCUGCAUCCCCAUCACUCCCUCAACUCCGCCAGUGUCCUAAAGGCUGUGGCCGUCGCCAUGGCAGUGUGGGUGCUCACCGUCGCCCUGAACGCCCACCUCCUGACAGCGCCACAGCACCUGGCGGUGGGACAGGCAACGCAAUGCGAGAGCUUCGUGGUGUGUCUGGCUGCGGACCCCGCGUCCAUGUGGUACAAGUCUGUGUUCAUGGCCUCCUUCUUCAUCCCCUUGGGUCUCAUCCUCAUCUGCUCGCUCUGUGUCAUUUCCGAGCUGAGGCGCAGACAUCUGGAUCGCCACGGCAACAUGAAGCAGACCCUUUACUCCCUGGCCAUGGUGGUGGUGGUGUUCGUCGUUUGCUUCCUGCCCAGCAACGUUGCGCAAAUUCUGAUCUGGGUUAGGGUGUGGUCAAAGAGGACAUGCGACGCCGUGGAGGUGGUGAACGUGGUCUUCUACAGCACGCUGACCCUCACCUACCUCAACAGCAUGCUGGACCCUGUGGUCUACUACUUCUCCAGCCCCACCUUCCAGCAGGUGUGUAGACGGCUGGUGAGACUCAGGAGCAUGGAGGGGAUGGUGGACACAGGGGAGGACGGGACUAAAGACAGCUCCCAGGGUGCCAGACAGGAGUGAGGGGUCUGUGUCUCCUGCUGUCCCCAGGGUGCCAGACAGGAGUGAGGGGUCUGUGUCUCCUGCUGCUCUGGGUGGAGAUUUCACUCAUGUGCUGUGCAUUAGUGCAUAUUGUUUUUGAUGGUCCUUUAUUAAGAGUAUUCAGCAUCUACUGUGAGGAUGUGAGUAUGUCAUUUGCAUAAUGUACAUUUAAACUGGAGACAUAUUUUACCGUAAUUAACCAAGAUUUUUACAUUGAUUAAGCAAA